CCGGCGGCGCCGCCCGCCCGCCCGCCCGCGCGUCCCUUGGUCCACCUGCAGCAGGCCGGAGGGCAGGCAGUUCCUUUCGCUGUCCGACCGAGAGGCGCCUGCUGAGCCGGAGACUCGGGCUCUUGCUCCAGGCGGAGGGAUCCGUGGCGGCUGUGGAGGCUCUGAGACUGGGAGGAAGAGGCAGCUACGGCGGCGGCGGCGGCUGGGGCGGCAGCGCAUAAAGGGGCCGCCGCCGGGUGAUGCGGUGACUGCUGCGGCAGGCCCAGAAGCUGAGUGGGCCCCAGCCCUCAGCUUGUCUUGUCGGACCCGCGCACCCGAACUCCCCAUCUUCUCCGGCCGACCCGCGACUGCCGAGGCGGCCUUAGGCCCCCUCGUCCCUUCCCCACCCCUCCCCCGCCCCCGGCCCGGGGGCCGCUGCCACCUCCACCGCCUCCCACCAUGGCUCUGAAGAGAAUCCACAAGUUUUCGGCGGACACAACAUCUUUGUGGUGCUAAGGAUCGAACCCGGGCCGCACGCGUGCCAGGCGAGCAUGCUACCGCUUUAGCCACAUCCCCAGCCCGUUGUUUUUAUUAUUUCUGUGUUGCUGAGGAUUGAACCCAUGGCCUCACAUGUGUGAGGAAUUAAAUGACCUGGCAAGGGACCCUCCAGCACAGUGUUCUGCAGGUCCUGUUGGAGAUGAUAUGUUCCAUUGGCAAGCUACAAUAAUGGGGCCAAAUGACAGUCCCUAUCAGGGUGGAGUAUUUUUCUUGACAAUUCAUUUCCCAACAGAUUAUCCCUUCAAACCACCUAAGGUUGCAUUUACAACAAGAAUUUAUCAUCCAAAUAUUAACAGUAAUGGCAGCAUUUGUCUCGAUAUUCUACGGUCACAGUGGUCUCCAGCACUAACUAUUUCAAAAGUACUCUUGUCCAUCUGUUCUCUGUUGUGUGAUCCCAAUCCAGAUGAUCCUUUAGUGCCUGAGAUUGCUCGGAUCUACAAAACAGAUAGAGAAAAGUACAACAGAAUAGCUCGGGAAUGGACUCAGAAGUAUGCGAUGUAAUUAAAGAAAUUAUUGGAUAACCUCUACAAAUAAAGAUAGGGGAACUCUGAAAGAGAAAGUCCUUUUGAUUUCCAUUUGACUGCUUUCUAUGAGCCCACGCCUCAUCUUCCCCUGUGCACAUGUUUACCUGAUACAGCAGUGCUGCGUGUUGUACAUACUUGGAACAACAAACUAGAAAUACUGUACUUCUGUACCAACAUUGCCUCCUAGCAGAGAAGUGUGUGUGUGACAAGCCAAUUCUCCAGGCAAAACCUAGGUGUGAGACUAAAAAAUUCUCCUUAUUGACUUAAAUUUGGAUAACUACAAGGUGUGAGGAAUGGUGGGUGGUACACGGUGUAUGCUUGGAUGGGGUAAAGCUCCACUGACCUGUAGGAGAUUGUUUUUAAGUGGAAUCCAUUUAAACUCAAAACAGUUAUGAAAUGAAGAACAUGUAGCUGUUUCUGUAUUAAUUUUAUUCCGAAGGACCUACAACUUAGGUGAGAAGGUUAUGACCAACCAGAUUAAACUCUACCCACAUCCUAUAUUUUAAGGUCUAAGUUUAACUGGUCAGCAUUUAAAUGGAUUGGAGCUAUUAGUAUAUAAAGUGUGAUGGGCUUUGUUCCCAACUUCUUUUACAUCUCCCUGCCCCUUCAACCUUCGUCCUUUCAGCACCUUUCUCCAUAUUCUUUGGUUUGUAUGUGGUUUCUCAGUUAAUACAUAGCUAAUAGCUCUUAUUUUUCUUAUGUUUUUAACUGCUUAGGUCUAUUUGGAUGUAAGGGUGAAAAUUCAUUUGAUGGAAAUACUUGUGUAUAUUUAAAGACCCAAUUGCUCCUCUGGAGCUUGUACGUUCAAGAAUGAUUAAUCUGUGUAAUAAACUGAUUACUACAGUCAUUACAUAUAAUUUUGUGUGAAUAGGCUUUUUGAUUUUAAGAACUUUGUCUAGCUGAGAUUAGUGGUGGAUUUUCUUUCUCUCCUGAAAUGUUUUCAUUGAUAAUGGUUGCAUUUCAAAAUCAUGAAACAAUUUCAGUUUACCUAGAAAAAAGGACAUCUUGAGCAGUUUUAUUGAACAAAGAGAAGCAUAAGCUUAAAAGUGUUUUCAUGAAACGUAUGUGCAGCAUUCCAGGAACAUGACUGUUAAACUAAAUAAGAAAUUUGCUUUAUUAAUGAAACUAAGCUGCAUCACCAAAACCUUGUGACAUUCCCUUGGUACAUAGGCCAUAAAACACAAAGGCGAUGCUAUUUGGUAAGUUAAUCCUCUGUGAUUGUAAUUUUAGAAGAGCAACUUUGACCAAACCUGAGCACAAUCUUGUAUUGGAGCGUCUACAUAAUUACUUUGCACUAACAUUUGUAGGAUGUUCAUCCAAUUUUAAAUUGUACUAUAUGUGGCUUUUUGAAGUCUUCCCUUGACUCUGGUAAAAUGUAGUUUGAAACUUGUAAACAACUGUAUCUGUCAGAAACAUCAUGUGUGUGAACUAGGCAAAUUACCAUUCCCCACCCCCCUUCUUUUCCUAAUUUAAAUGUAAACCAGGCCAGCCUGAAGGCCUUGAAUGAUGCUCUCUAGCCAUCAGGUUCUUUAAAUGCAUCUUUACACUCUUGCACAAAAAUUGAGGAAUAAAUGUCCACUGCUUUUGGUUUUAAA